AUCCUUAUUAAACUCUUAGCGAAAAUGGAUGUCCCUUGUGAAGAAUAUGAUGUGAGUAUUAUGAUGAAGGCAAUCACUGAAGUACAGACACUUAUUAAAUUCAAACAGUUUCAAACAUUUUCCGAGUUAGAUGUUGAAAUCGGUAAAACGUUAAAAAAAUAUGAACCAUUCGGUGAUGGAUUUGAGCGCUUUCACGUCUUUCUUACGAAGGAUGUGGCCAAUGUUAACAAUUUGUCUAAAAGUUUAAGUGAUAUGAAUGAACGAUGCCAAUCAAGGCUUCAUGAUUGCGAAUGCAGCCAAAAGGAUCAAAUAAAUGACAUGCUUCCAUUUGUUCGCAAUACAUCUAAAAUCCUUGUUCAUGGAUCUGGUAAUCUUCUUGCUUUGGCUAUUGCUUGCGCUAUACAAGAGUAUGAGGGUGUUCACUUUUACAUUUGUGAGGGACGCCCAGGCCGUGAAGAGUGCCCCAACGGUUCUGGUGAGGCUUUAAUUGAGAAGGUUGCCUUAACUUCAGAGGGCAUGCGUCUUAGAGAUAAGCUUUCACUAUAUUGCACCAUUAUACCGGAUAGUGGUGUGGGCUCUAUUAUGGGUAUUGUAGACUUUGUUAUCACAGGAGCAUACUGCGUAACAAAGCAAGGGGGAUUAGUUCAUUCCACUGGUUCUAUGCAAUUAGCAACUGUGGCGUCUUCAAAGAAUGUUCCGUUUUAUGUGCUAUGUGAGACGUUUAAGUUUGCACACAUUUUUCCGCUUACUACAGAAGAUUUAAAACAACCUGACAGCUUAGGAGUUGUGCCACUUGUCGAAUUUGUUCAACCUUCCAUGAUUACUCUUAUUUUUUCUGAAAAAGGCAUUAUGCCACCUUCCGCAGUAGCUGAUGAGAUGUUCCGCUUUCAUACUGCUCCUUUUGCCCCAUGGAAGCAUAAGCAACACAAUGAAUUUUCCUUCUAAGUAUUCAUAUUUUUAAACAGACGUA